AUGCCUCCCGCUUCCAGUCAGAAGGGCACCGGCAAGAAGGGCGCUGGUGCCAUCGCCCGCCAGCGGAGCCGCAACACCACCCCCAGCUCUGUCCCACCGCCCGCCUCUCUGCCUCCCAUCGAAACCAAGCAGACCGAGUACCUCGACCUCAACUAUGACUCGUUUCGCAACCUCACCUACGAGGACAUUGUCGACCAGAAUGCAAUCUCCUCUGGCAUGCCCGAGUCCAAAAACCUCGAUGGCAUGAUGACCCGCCUGCAGCGUCUGCAGGAGACCCUCGACCGACGUCACAACUUCUGCGACCGCGGCAUGAGGCUGCUGGUGCCCCUCCUGCGCGCCAGGCUGGACGACGAGCGGUCCAGGGAGGAGGAGCGCCUGCGCAGAGAGGCUGCAGAGGACGACGAGCGCGCCAGGAAGGCCAACAAGGCCAACAAAGCAAACAAGAAGAAGAGGAAGGCCGCCGACUCACUCGCGCCCCAUGACACCCACCACGAACGAUCAUCUCCACUGCGCGAUUCCAACAAACCCAGAAAACUGUCACGCGACAACGACUCCACCUCGUCUUCCCUGUCCCCCGUCGCUCCUGCUACCCCCGGAGGAGGCGCCAUGGACGUCGACGACAAGGAAAAGGCCAAGAAGAAGGCCAAAGCCAAGGCCAAGAAGGAGCAAGAGUCGUCCGAGGAUUCUGACUCCAGUUCUGACGACGAGGGCGCCCCGCCCCCCAAGGCAAUACCGCAGAGCAACAUGUUCGGAGAGGACCCUUCGACCUUCCCAGACCCCACCGUCUACGAGGUCACCAAGGUUGACUGGAAGAACAUGGUAGACGAGGAAAUCAAGGAGGCAACAUCUGUCGCGACCUAUCCCAAAAGCGACCUGGCCGAUCAAAUCGCCGGCGUUCCACCAGACAAGGACUACAGUGUCGCAAAGCCCACGAACCAAAUAUCUUUCUCCACCUUCUCAACCUACGUCGAGCCAUACUUCCGGCCUUUCACCGAGGAAGACCUUGCCUUCUUGCGGGAGCGUGGCGACCGCGUGACCCCGUUCGUGAUUCCCAAGCGAGGAAAGAAGCACUACACGCAGAUUUGGGCAGAGGAGGACGACCACAUGGCGAUUGACCUACCCGAGAAGCCACAGCCAAACGCGCCGCGCGGGAGCAUCGAGCAUAUGACGGAUGAUAUUGCCGAGACCGACAAGCUGUCAGUCGGACCCUUGCUCUCACGCCUGAUGCAGGCUAUGAGGCCCGAGCGGCGAGCUGUCGCCAGCGAAGAUGGCAAACUCAUCAAUGGCGUCAAUGGCGAGGCCGGCAGCAGCAUGGACCUGUCUAUGAACGGCAUCGACAGCUUUGACAGCGCGGCCCCUCCCGUGUUGCAGCCCAAUGGCCAGCCAUCUGAGCGAGAGCUCUCGCCCGCAUCUCACAUGCCCGAAUCCAAUACCGAGCACUGGAAAAAGGCCACGCACCCCAAGCUGGACUACAACCAGGUCGACGAGCGCAUCAAGCAGGAGCUUCGACACAUUGGCUUUCUGCCCGCGCCAGCGGAUGACUCGGAGCAACCUCAACCCGAAGAUGCGCGGGCUGAUUACGACGGUGCCUACGACGACGAAGUCGCCGCACGGCUGCGUCUCCUUCAGAGUCGUCUCCGCGAGCAGAUGCUCAUCAACGGAGCCCGCAAGGCGAAGCUCUCGGAUCUUGUCCGGGAGCGCAUGGCUCACCAGGAGUACCAGACCAUACUCGAGGAUCUUGACAGCCAAGUACAGGCGGCAUACCUUAAGCGCACGCGUACCAUGGGCAAGACCAAGAAGAAGUCAAGACCGGGCGCCGCCGUCCAGGCAGCCUCAGGCGUGGCCAGGCCAGGCAUUGGCGAUCUUACCAAGACAUUGAUGGAGCGCCGGCGGAGGUGGAUCGAGAGCAUUGGCACUGUCUUUGACGGUGAAAACCUGGGCAAAGUGCCGCGGGCGAGCGAACCUGGUAGCUCAAUCUUCAAACAGCCCGAGAUAGUCGAGCUCAUCAAGAAGGAGAACCAGAGGUGGGAUGAGGAUGACGAGUAG